UGUUGCAUAGCAGUUCGCUAUCAGUCACCGUUAAGUUGUGUUUCUGGUCGUGACGUUGCGUUGUGAACCGCAUCUACAUCCCAGCAUCUCUCCUCGACUAAGGUCUAGAAUUCACAAUACUGAAGAUGGAGUUAGCGAACCUUGCAAACUCGACCGGUUUCGAACGCCAUUCGGAUAUCAACACCCAUAUUCAAGCUAUUGAAAAGAACUGGUUCAUUCAAAACGGCUCUCAUGAUGAGGACAUUCUCCCCCCCUCGCUCCUUGCUGGGGUACCAGUCAACUGUCUCCCAGCAGGAAUUUUCGAAGCUGUCCAUGAGCUUUCCACACUAACGAUCGGCCAACGAGAUCGUGCGCAUAGCCUUUUGAAUACCUACUUCCAGGCGCGCAUCCGCGAAGGAUCACACAGCGGCAAGAGUAAAAACAUCUUUGCUAUACUGGAGGUUGGCGAUGUAGAAAAAGCUUGUGAGAGUUUGAGGAGAAUGAGUCGAGGCCGCGAGAUGCAAGGCCCUGUUCCAGUCAAGGAAGAGGAGGCAAGGAAGAGGAAAUACUCGAUUAGACACGAGGUGGAUACUAGCAAUAGGGACGAUGACAAACACUCUGAAAAGUUAGCAAAACGUUUCAAGGAAGAGCUUACUAUCGUUCCAGAAAACGACAAUGAGCCCGUCACACCACUCUCCAUCAACUUCCCUGGUUUACUCACGCCCCCAGAUUCGCGAAAAACUAUAACCCCCUCAACGAUCCCAAACACUCCCCGAUCCCAACGCCGCGCCCGUCUUCCCCCAAUUCGCACAACACAAAUAAAUACUCCCACGCCCACUUCCUCUCAGAAUGUUUCCUUUACCCCACUCUUUAACAGUUUGAAACAUGAGUUUGGCGAUCCAGAUACACCAUGUCCGAACCGACCGAGUACAUACCAACAACUUGACAAUAACAGCAUAUGGAAUAAAUUCAUGGGAGGCAGGUACGAAGCACCUAGAAUAAUAGAUCCUCGGAUACAGGCAGCGCAAAGGGCGACACACGAGUUCAAUGUACGAAGGAUAGAUGUGAUUAAGGCACGAAGGGCAUUUGAGGAGGCGAGGAGACGGUUUGGUGAGGCGAAGAGGAGGAUGGAUGGGGCGAGGGGGAGGUGUGGGUGGCGGUGAGGGUGGUGUUGGUGUUGGCUCAGCUCUCAAAAUUCAGUAGAUAGUUUGAUGCGAACUGUGGUAUCCUUAUUUUGAUAGACUAGAAAGUAGCAGGAAAUGAACAAGCUUACAUUCACUGGCUGAAGAAUGCAACACUGGGACUGUCGCAUAGGUCUUUCGUUUCUAAUAUGGUCAUGCA